AUGCAAAUUAGAUGUACUCAAGCUGAUCAUCAAAAUCAAUAAAUAAUAGGGGUUUGCAUAGAUAUUACAUGCCAAAAUUAGAGACCCUAUUGCCAUUUUUGCUUGACUCUCCAUGUCAAUCAUCUUCCCAUGUUAACCCCAUUUAAUCUUUUAAAUGAAUGGAUAUAUCAACGAAUCAUUAGAGUUAACAAUGCUUAUAACAAUAUACAGGAGCUCAAAGUUUCCCUUGAUAACCUUAUGAAUUAGUUUUAUCCUUAUUUUAACUAUAAUAUUCAUUAAAUCUCUGAAUUAGGACUAUCAUAGAUUGAUAGAUUAAUAGCAGGCUUAUGUUAAAUUGAAGAUUGUGAAAAAGUGCUAUUUUUACAACUUAAACCAUUAAUUGAAUAAGUAAAAUCGACCAUAAACGAUAUACUAAAAAAAACGAAGAAUUAAUCAAAUUUGAAAGAAAAUAUUAAUAAUUAAAUUUAACACAAUAUAAAUUAAUUGAAUUUAGAAUACUCAGGACCUUUCUAAUAAUUAAAACAAAAUAUCAAGCCUAUCAAAUUCGAGCUCCUGAAACAAUAUUCCAUUAAAUAAGGAGAAAGGUGUAAUUCAGUUGCUUUUAAUAAAGAUUGUUCAAUUGUUGCAGUUGGAUGUGAAAGCUUAAUAAAAAUAUUUGAAUUCAAGCAAGGAAUAUUGUAGUAGACGCACAUCUUAAAUUAACAUAAACAUGGUGUGAGCGCUUUAUAUUUCAUGAAAAAAUCCAAUUAGUUUAUAUCUGGAGAUUAUAAAGGAUUUAUUUUGAUUUGGGCAAGUAAUCAUGUUAAUUAAUGGAUUUGUUCAUAAAUAGUUAGACAAUAGAAUGAUAUUAUAAAUUGUCUAAUUUUGAAUAAUAAUGAAGAUAUUAUUAUAUCAAGUAGUAAUGACAAUACUAUUAAGUUUUGGACUAAAAAAAAUGAAUGGAUUUGCUAAUAAACAAUAACAGAUCAUAAACGUUGGAUUAGCUAAUUAAGUUUCAAUGAAAAAUAAAACUAAAUUAUAUCUUGCGGAUGGGAGAGAUUAAUUUUAGUAAUUGAAUAUUCAGAAUAGGUGAAAAAGUGGAUGGUAAUAUAAAAAAUCCCAGUUGAUUGUUAAGGUUUGCGAUUAUGUUUUAUAAACGAUAAUCUUUUCACAUUUCAGCCUAAGAAAGGCAAUUUGAUUUAUGUUUAUGAGAUGAAUAGCUUAAGUAAAUCGUUCACAAAAACUAAACAUAUUACUGUAAAUUAAGGUGAUGAUACUUAUCAAUACUUUCCAUAAUAAUAUAUUAAAUCAAAAUAGUUUCUUGUGAGUAAGCAUGAUAAAUAUAUCAAUUUAAUAAGAAAGACAGAUAACGAUGAAUUUCAAGUUGAGUAUUCUAUUCAAUUUGGUAGUCAAGCAUUAUUUGGGUAAAUGAGUGAUGAUGGAGAGUAUUUGAUUACUUGGGAUGAUUUAUCUAAAGAAAUAUAAAUUAGGAGAUGCAUAGAAGAAUGAAGAUUUUUUAAAUAUUAUAUAUAUACAUGAA